GCACAAUAUUAAAACCUUAACCCACAAAAGAGGAUGCGCACGGCUCGAUCGACCUCCGUCUAGUCUCUUCUUCUUGGCGCUGUUGCUUGUGAGCUUUCCUUUGAUCUCACACCAUCUAUUUCGCGGUGUACUAAGAUUUACAAAGGUCAAGAACUGCUUUUUUCUCCAAUAAAGCAAUCCACGCAUACGAACUGACUGUUUAUUUGAUCCUGCAGUUCAUGCAUACAUGGAGAAAGGGAAAUCUUCUGACUGUGAGGACUGUGGUGGAAAAUAUGUUCUGAUAAGAGAUGAAGAAGACCCAAGAUUGGCGUUGUUUGAAAAACCACUUCCAUGCUAUGGUUGUGGCAUUGGAUGGUCAUCUUUGCUUUUAGGAUUUUUGUGCCCAUUGAUAUGGUACUGUGCUGCAACUCUCUACUUAUGCAGAUAUUAUAACAAGGAUCCACGAGAACGAAUUGGCCUUGCUGCUUCAGCAAUAGCGGCAUUAGUGUGUACAAUUAUAAUCCUGAUCACACUCGCCGUCAUUUUUCUCUAGAUCAACCAUUUGUUUGUCACACUGUCAAGUACUGUCCUUUCUGCACAGUGAAGUGAAGAAGAACAUGAAGCCUCAUGGUAAGCUCUGUGAGGGGGAGCAUAAUGAUUGAUAUGUCAGAUUAUAUUUCCUAUUCCACCCCAUGUAACCUUAUUGCAUAUAUGGUUUGAAUACUGCAAUCAUCAUUUGUCGAAUGGGUGAUUGACAAUGUCUCUUGGACAACUAUGUUUAUUGGAUUAUGUUUCGACCUGUACUAACUAUAUGUUCAUUUCAUAUCUAUCUUUGUGAAGAUAGGUACCUUGCUGAUUACUACUA